UCUGGUUCUCCAUCGCUCUCUUCAUCUCCAUCUCUCUUCUCCAUUGCUCUAUUCUCCUAUCAGCUCUUCAUCUCAUUCGGUCAGUUUUCCUAUCAGCUCUUCAUCUCCAUCGCGCUCUUCUCCCCGUUGACAAACCAAACCUUAACCCUAACCACUGAAAUCAUAGAGAGUCCAGCUCUGUCAUUUCAUAGCUUAUAAAAUCUCAAAAUAGAGAAGUGAAUAGAGUGACCGCUGUGGAUUUUCCGAAAUUCCGUCGCUACCUUCGCCUUAGCUCUUCGCCGGAGCCGUGUGAGUCUCUCACUACGGAUCCCAAGUCCUCUUGCAAUUGAAUUUAUGUUGACCUUGAUACUAAUUUUUUUCUCAAUCGGUGCUCUUAAUUUUUUUUUCGUUGCAUCUUAAUGAAUUGCAUGAUACUGUUACCAUUUGACACUGUUUCUUAAAUGACAUCAUCUAUGUUUGCCGGGAUCUACUAUGUAUAUUGUAAAUGGUAUCAAUAUAUGAUAUUUUCUGUUUUCUUGAUUGGCUGCUAUGUUCUUGCUGUUUUUUUGGGUUAUUGCUUGUUUUGGUUGUUGUUGUGACUGUUCAUACUUGGUGUAGUGUUUUGGUUGUUGUUGGCUGUUUUCCUGAUUGGCUACUAUGAGAAUGGGUGAAGUGGUUUUGAGCAGUGAAGAAGCAAUGGAAAUGGAGUUGGAGACACAGAAGAACGAGACUAAGAAGGAUGGCUUGUCUGAGGUGGGUAGGUGGGAAAGAUUUGAGGUGGAAUUGUAGUGAACGUGGAUGAACCAAUUACUAAUGAAAUUUCGACAUCUGAAUCUGAAAAGGAAGCUGGCAUUUUUGACAUGGAUUUGCCUAAUUUAGAUGCCUUUGGACGAAAUUUUUCUUUCUCCGAGCUGCUAGUUGAUUUUGAUCUCGACUGCGAAGGACUUGGUUAUCCUUGCCAGCCAAUUGUGGAUAGUUGUGCUUCUGUGGACAAUAUUUCAGGCUCUCAUGAAUCUGGGGAUGCCAAUCUGGAGGCUAAUCAAGUUGUGUCAGAAUAUUCAUCUAUACUGACAGAAGUUCUUUCAGGAAAAGACAUGAAUGUUGAAGGCUCUGAAACCCUAACUGCAGUAAAAUCAAUAACAAAAUGCAUAAGAAUUUUAAGUCCUGCAAAAGGUCGCAGGAGUUCUUUGGAUUAGAAAUUUUUUUCAGCAAGAAACUAAUUCUUUUUGAAGAUUAAGAUGACUUAAUGCUGACACGGUACCAAUACAGUACUUACAUCAAAGAUGCUUGACUGUGAUCUUAAUUCUUUGUUACACGUUACUUAACAUCUCUUUAGUAUUCCCACAUAAUUUUAGUUGAAAGAUUGGGCAAAGCAAAGUACCCUUCAGCUUGCUAAUCAAAUACUUAUCUUUGUCCACUUGUAUUCUGUCCAUAUUGAUUUAGUGGUGAUUGUAAAUUUCUGAUGAAGGUUACUGAUAACAUUUGAUAAUGAAGUAGAAACU